AGGGAAACCACCAUCAAACACAGACAUCAACUCAUCUGAGCUUGGUGGCUUUGUGCAGCGUACUUCUCAGUCAACAUGACUUGUGUCAGCGAUCUCCCAAACCUUCUGCCAGCUGUGCUGAUAUGGUUAAUGCAUUUCAAGUGUUCCAUGUCUCAACGUGAAUUCAAUAAAACCAUCAUUAUAGUCACAGACUAUAACUUCUCCACCAUGAACUACCCGGACUAUAACUCCAGUAUAGAUUAUGACGGAUAUGUUGAGCUCUGUGUGAAAGAAUCCAACCGGCAGUUCCGCAGCUGGUUCAUGCCGACCUUCUACUCCAUCAUCUGCUUCCUUGGGCUGGCAGGGAACCUACUCGUCAUCCUCACGUUCUUCUACUUCAAGCGUCUCAAGACCAUGACGGACGUGUACCUGCUCAACUUGUCCUUUGCCGACCUGCUCUUUGCUCUGUCGCUCCCCUUUUGGGCAGCCAACUCCAUGACAGAAUGGGUGCUGGGUCUGGUGCUGUGUAAAGCCAUGCACACCAUUUACAAGGUCAGCUUCUACAGCAGCAUGUUCAUUCUCACUUUCAUCAGCGUGGAACGCUACUUCGUCAUCGCCAAGGCCGUCUCUGCUCACCGCUACCGCACCCAGGCGGUGUUUCUCAGUAAGGUGUCAUCAGCUGCCAUCUGGAUGAUGGCACUGAUCUUCUCCAUACCAGAAAUGAGCUACACCACAAUCAAUAACAACACCUGCACCCCUUACUCCAGCAAUUAUGACAAGCUCCGCGUCAAAAUACAGGCCAGCCAGAUUGUUUUGGCUUUUGCCCUCCCGCUCCUGGUCAUGAGCAUCUGUUACAGCAGCAUUAUCCAGACCCUUUGCCAGGCUCGUGGCUUUGAACGCAAUAAGGCCAUCAAGGUCAUUCUCGCUGUGGUGGCUGUCUUCCUGCUCUGCCAAAUGCCUUACAACCUGGUCUUGAUUUUGAACACAGUUGUCACAGCAAAUGGAGGAACCAUAAACUGCAACUACGAGAACAUGUACCUCUAUGCCAUCGAUGUCACCCAGUGCAUGGCUUUCCUGAGGUGCUGCCUGAACCCCUUUGUCUAUGCCUUUAUUGGUGUCAAGUUUCGUCGUGACCUCCUGAAGCUACUGAAGGACUUGGGCUGCUUGAGCCAUGACUGGUUCAUCAGGUUUACCAGAGGCAGGAGGAGGAGCUCAGGGGCCACCGAUACUGAGACCACCACCACAUUCUCUCCUUGAAGCGGUUUCAGAAUGAAAAACCACAGAUUCAUCCUUGCAGACCACACAGUGGACGAUUAAACAUUUGGAUAAAAGUCUCAACUAAAACACAAAACAUUUGUUACAUGUAAAUAGCAGAGGUUCAAUUACAUGUUGUUGUUGUUGUUGUUGUUGUUGUUGUUUGUCUCUUUGAUAGUGUUUAUCCUCAUCAGUUAUGACGAAACAAGGCUUUGGUUAUUUUUUGUGUCGGCUACAGUGUACAAUAUUUCAAUAAAUUCACAGUGUUAUGAAAAACUCAACCAUCUGAAGAGCACCAA